CUCUCUAAAACGUCUUUCACCCAUGUCCUCUAGGGUCUUCUUGGAGUCAUGAUUUAUGUCAUUUUUGUCUCCUUCGUCAAUUGCCGUUGCUCCAUUUCACUCUCUUUGAAUGCUGGAGUAUAUUGUGUUUUAUAUAGAAUAUGACUGUUAGGUUUCAUUCUCAAGUAGGGAGCUUGAGAAGAGCUUCGACUUUAGUCACUGCUGAUAGUUCUUGUUUUCAUUUUCUGGAGGUUUUAUUUCGUGAUUUGAUCCUUGUACUGAACUUUGUCUGUUGAUUUUGAUCUUCUGCAGUGCGCUAUUUCUCAGUUUCGUAGUUGGUUAAAAAGCUUGAAGAUAGAAUAUCUGUUGUCAAGUUUCUUAGUCUGUUCAAAAGCUUUGAAUUAAGGGUAUUCCAGAUUGCUACGUCUUCUUAGCUUGUGAACCUCUCCAAGAUUAAGAAGGAACAUCUCACUGGACCUGAUACAUCCUGGUUAACUCAUAUAAGAGAUAAAAGUGAAACAUAUGGCUAGAUCAAAUGAUAUGAGUUUGUCCAAGUAGCAGAAGUUGAAACUGGACAUGAGUAUGUUGGUGGGGACAUGCUUCAGCCAAGGGAAGCUGACAUACCUGCCCUUUUCAUUUUCCUGGUUGUGCUUCCUCUUUUCACAUAUUUUUUGCUUGGGAAAUGGAACGAGUCUGCAAAGAAGAAGGCUAGGAUAGGUAUACUUGCUCAGCUUUCUGCUGAAGAAGCCUACCAAAUCGAAGCAACGACGUCUGUUCAUGUUCCUUUAGUUUUACCUCCUUCAAAGACUGGAUUUCAUGAAUGUGCUAGAUGCUUUGCUCCUGCUACAACACGCUGCUCCAGAUGCAAGUCGGUCAGAUACUGUUCUGGAAAAUGUCAAAUAAUUCACUGGAGACGGGCACACAAGCAUGAAUGUCAUCGCUGGCAUGGUAGUUCUGUGAAUGUUUCUGCUGGCCUAAUUCUUACAGACACAGUUCAUCACAAAUCUUCUUUCCCUGGCAAUGGUGUUAAGGAGAUCACUCAUUCCAAUCUUCAUAAUGACAUGGAUGAUCCUUCCUCUAUUGCCAUCGAAACAUCUGAAAAUUCAGAGAUGGGAAGGAAAACAUCAGACAAGGGGGUUAUUAAUAAAUCAAAAGGAGCUAAACCUACUAAUGAUGAAAUUGCUACACAUGCAUGUGUCCAAGACUAUGGCCAUGAUUCUUUUGCUCAAGCCUCAUUUACUGACCAUUUUACUGAGAUUUCUCCAGCAGAUGCCCCUAUAGAACAAAAGUUAGGAUAUGGAAGCUUAACUGCUACCUCUAGCGAAGUCCUUUUAACUAAAGAUGCCAACAAUUCAUCAAAUGCUAGAAAUGCAAUGAACCAGCAUAAUAAGUCAGCAGGUGAAACAAGAAAAGGAUUGAAACAAAAAGAGAAAGUUGACACUUUGGAGACUGGUUUGUCUUCUGCUAAUGAAGCAGUCCAUGAUAGUUACCCUGAUGAGCAUUCAACAAAACAAAGCAUGAUGUUCAGAAAACCCCCCUACACUUUGAGGCAUUCCACUCCCUUGAUGCAAAAGUUCCCAGAGAAUGGUUCAAGAGAAUACCGUUCUCAAGGACCAGGAAGAAAUAGCGACAAGGAACAAGGAUCUAAAAUUCCACAUAAGAUUGCUUCCUUAGACAAUCACUUACAGGACCUCAACAAGAACCCAAGCAUUGAAGGGAGUUUGGCUGCUGCAGAGAAGACUUCUAAAGUUCUUAAAUGGAAUCUUGUUGGAUCAAAAAAUUAUAAUAAAAAAAAUAAGGUUUCUCAGAUGUUGUUUCCGUACGAGGAUCUUGUCAAGUUCUUUCAACGUAAAGAGGGGGGCAUAUAUCCUAGGGGGCUUCUUAAUUGUGGAAAUAGUUGUUAUGCUAAUGCUGUUUUGCAAUGUCUCACUGGCACAAAACCUCUUAUGGUCUACUUACUUCAGAGAUCGCAUUCGAGAACCUGCCGUGUCAAAGAAUGGUGCCUCAUGUGCGAACUUGAGCAACAUGUUUCAAUGUUGCGUGAAGGAGGUGGCCCUUUGUCUCCCAGUAGAAUCCUUUCAAAUAUGAGAAAUAUUGGUUGCCGCAUGGGUGGUGGAAACCAAGAAGAUGCACACGAAUUCCUAAGGCUUCUAGUCAUGCAGAUGCAAUCUGUGUGUCUCGAGAGACUGGGUGGUGAGAAGGAAAUUGAUCCAAGGUUGCAAGAAACUACACUUAUACAACAGAUAUUUGGUGGUCGCCUAAAAUCAAAGGUUAAGUGCCUAAGAUGCCAUCUUGAGUCUGAACGAUAUGAGCGCAUUAUGGAUCUUACUCUGGAGAUACAUGGAUGGGUUGAGUCACUGGAAGAUGCUCUCACACAAUUUACUGCUCCUGAAGAUUUGGAUGGAGAGAACAUGUACAGAUGUGGAAGGUGUUCAACAUACGUCAAAGCCAGAAAGCAGUUGAGCGUACAUGAGGUGCCAAACAUACUAACUAUAGUUUUGAAGAGAUUCCAGACAGGGAAGUAUGGCAAAAUCAAUAAAUGUGUUACCUUUCCUGACAUGCUGGACAUGAUUCCAUUUAUGACUGGGACUGCUGACAAUCCUCCCCUUUACCUGUUGUACGCGGUUGUCGUGCACUUGGACGCCUUCAAUGCAUCAUUUUCUGGGCAUUAUGUUUCGUAUGUUAAAGAUCUGGAAGGGACAUGGUUCAAGAUUGAUGACUCUGAGGUGCAACCAGUACCAUUGAGUCAAGUGAUGUCUGAAGGUGCAUACAUGCUUUUCUAUUCAAGAUCUUUCCCACGUCCCCCUCGAGCUUAUACUGGGAAAUCGCUAUCAAGGCCUCCGACAUGGACAUGGAAGAGCAAGAAAGAUUUGAGAAAUGGCCAACAUGGACAUGAAAUCUUGUGUGUCUCAGAAUAUUCAAUGCACCUGGGAACUGAUCCCGUAGAGGAAAAUGAAGAUUUCACGUACCAAGGUGCUGAGUACAUCCCAAGACCCUCAAGCAGAAACAUGCUGCCAAAUCCAACACAUCUGGAUGCGUGGAGUAUGGAGUUUUCUGAUGCUACAUCUAGUGAUUGGACUCUUUUUACAAGCUCGGACGAUUCAUCCUUCACCACCGAGAGCACCAGAGACUCAUUUAGCACUGUGGAUUAUGGAGACAAGACCAGCCUUGAUGCGACUCUUUCUUCUCUAUUUUGGCCGUUCGAUGACUCGGAGUAUGUCCACAGUGACACCAUUGCUUGCUCAAAGUUCUUUCUGGGGAGCAUGGGUGAUGCUACGGAUCCACCACUGCCAUCUCGACCACGCAGCAGGGUACAUAGACGAAGGAUUACGGAAUGGAUCGGAGCAUAUUCAUCGGAACGUGUAGCUCCGGCAUGUUUGUCUGGUCAACAGGAGUAAUCCCAAUAGAGAUGGCCUCCAGCAUUUCGUUUUCGUGACAUGUUAGAUUCUCUUAGGUAUAGCGGACAUUCUAACGGAUCCUUGAGCUAAAUUUGGUUGCGUCUCAUGUCUUUUAAUCUAUGGAGACGUGCCGACUCGUAAGAGGCGUUUGUCAGGGAAGGCAAGCAGCAUUUAUGUAGAACUUAGGUGAAUUUAGAGAAGUUUAUUGAUAUCUUAUAAUCUUGUAUGUUAAGUGGUUUAAUCUUGAUAUUUAGAGAA